AUGUCAACAGUUCCAGUGGAGAUCCACACAGAUAUCAUUGGAAAGAAGCUGUAUGCAUCCCGAAACUACAACCAAUUACGUCAUGUCUACCAGAGCGGCACCUGCAACCGAACGCAGGUUGACUGGGGUUUGACUCUGCGGCAAGUUCCAGGACCGAAACCCAAGUUGAAGACUUCUGCCUCAGCACCAACUUUACAUACUUCCGAACUCGCACAAAGCAGAACAAAAAGAGAGCCUUUGGCUCCGGAGCAUCCGGAGGGUCCGUAUCAAGGUGGGAGCCAAUCCUUGGGAAAGUAUCAGAACUUUGCCAACUCGGCCCACAUGUGCAAUGGACUGGUCCGAGUCUCCUCUGGUGCAGCACCAAAGGUGGAUUGGCAAUUGAACCUCCGAAAUGGGAUGCACCAAAACGAGUUCAACACCAAGUGGAAUCGGCACUAUGCUAGACCCAAUCCUUUGCCAUUUGAGUAUGUGCCAGCCGUGACCUUGGAAAAGAGCUUUGAGAUUGCAGAGAUGAACCCAUCAGCUUUCGCAGAUGGCCUGGGUGUGAAGGUACUCAGGGCAAUCCGCGGCGUGCCUGCGAGUGCUGGAGCCCCAGACUGCUCACUUUGGUCCGACGCGACAGAGCAUCGGAUUGGGAAACACAGCUGCGUCAGAGGCUAUCCGGGCUAUCCGGGCUUCUUGUCCAAGCCAAGGAACAAUGGACUGGCAAAGAUUCAAGCAAUUGUGGAUCCGCAGAACAGGCACAGUCUUCAGAGAGUGCUUGCAGCAAUGACCUGGCUUGGGCUGAAAACAGAGGAUCUUGAUGGUUCACAAGAUGACGAAAUUGAGGUCACUGACAAGGUUCCAGAUCCAAACAAGGCCAAGAAGAUUGCAGAAGAACGAGAGGAAGUUUGGGAGGGCCUGAGGAGGGCUCGUUUGCUGGAGGUACAGAGACGUCUUCAAUUCCUGUCCGAUGACGAUGCCCGGCGGGUCCUGAAAGUAAAGCUUGGUGAGGGCGUUCGCAUGGUGGUAGAUGACGACCUGCCUCCAGUUGAGAACCUGGAUGGUAUGGCAGACUUCGAGGAAAUGCGGGAAAGAGCGUUCCAGAAGAUCAAGGAUGAGCAGCAGAGAAAAGCUGCUCUAUUGGCUUCGGGCUUCCUGAUGGAGAAAAAGAGGCUAGAUGAAGCAGAUCGAAAGAUUGCGGCGCUUGAGCAACGGCUGAAAGACUACAAGAAAGCCCAGGCUGAUGCUAUAGCGGAGAAGAAGAAAUUAGCAGACAAAAAGCAGGAGAUGAUCAGAUCCCAAGUGAAGAAAGCUGCCGAUGCCAGAGCCAGAUGGGAAGAUGACACUUAUGACGAUUUGAUGUCGAGGAUUGACAAGGCCAGAGCAACGCGCACGAAGAUGUACUCCAAGGACGGGCUGAAGGACACAAUAGAGGAUGGCGUAAGAAGAAGACAGAAAUGCUUUGACCAGGCUCUGGAAAGGGAAGCUGCGCUUCUCGAAAGCAUUGAAGAAUCGAAUAGGUCGGCGGAAGAGCGGCUUCAGGUUCGCCGACAAGAACAAGCAGACGAGUUGCAGCGAAGGGCUGAAGAAUCACGUGCGAAAUUCCAGGAGCGACAGGUUCGAAUCUACGCCCAAAAUCAGGAAUGGUGGGACAAAAAACAUGAAGAUCAUGCCAAGUUCCAGGAACGCUUCAACAGCUCCGUUCAGGCAGGGCAAGACUUCAUAAAAAACCGCUCCAAGUCUGCCGGUGCUCUUACCAAGCAGGCACAAACCAAGUGGAAAGCAAACCAUGACAGAAUCAUGGCAACUCGCGCGCAGAACAACUCUGACUUGCUGGCUCGGCAAGAAGCUGCAAGACAAAGAACAGAGGAGCGAUUAGCCUUGAAACUGAAAUGUGCCAACGACAUUCACUCCUUCAGAGAGGUGAAGUACAAGACCUGGGGCGAGCUUCAAAGGCGCAGAUGGGAAGAGCUUCAGAGAUCAAGGGAUGCUCAAACUCAAGCCCUGGUCCUGAAGAUUGCCGAAGGGCAGGCCAAGGCAAAAGCGCAAGAGCAGGGACGAGCAGCGAUUGCGAACCGACGCCAGCGUAUCGGAGCUGACUCGUUGGCACUGAAUGAUCGUGCAAAGGAAGGCUUCAUCAGAAUCAAGGCCGAGCCAGAUGAGAGGAGAAUCAUCAAAGUGAUGAGCGAUCUCGGGUUCGAAAUGCCUAAGUUGCCAGAUGAGGAUGAAGAUGAGGAGGACAAAAAGGCUUUCUAG